AUGCGUUUAAUUGAUGUCGAAGUCUUCCUGGAAAGGGAGAGACAGAUAAAGGAGGAGGGGAAUGUCGACCGUGGUACCAAGCUUGUCCUGAAAGAGCUCGACGAUACGGUUACCGAUUACUCCAUACUGUCGCAUCGUUGGAUCUACAAUGAUGAGGUGGACUACAAGGAGAUGACGAAACUCGCGAAAAUGGAGAAUCGAGACGAGAUCCGAGGGCGCAGCGGCUACCAGAAGAUUAUGAAGAGCUGCCAGCGAGCUAAGGACGAUGGAUUAGAAUGGCUCUGGGUCGAUACCUGCUGUAUCGACAAGCGGAACAGCACAGAGCUGUCAGAAGCCCUGAACUCCAUGUUUCGGUGGUACCAAAAUUCGAAGAGGUGCUAUGCUUACCUCCACGAUGUUAAUGAUUUCCCUGUUACACCUGAUCCUGAGAGGUUUGCAGCAUCCGAAGGCUGGCCAGAGUGGUUCUCGCGAGGCUGGACGUUGCAGGAGUUGAUAGCUCCGACGGACCUCCAGUUCUUUAACAAGGAUUGGGAACUCAUUGGAGAGAAAAGAAACCUCGCGUCCACGCUAGAGAAAAUCACACGCGUCCCAUCUCAAGUCCUUGCCGAUGGUUUGACUUCAUACUGUCCCAGUGUUGCCCAAGUCAUGUCGUGGGCCGCUAACCGGAGGACAACUCGAGUCGAAGACCGAGCAUACUCAUUGGCGGGUUUGCUGGAUGUCAACAUGCCUAUGUUGUAUGGCGAAGGGAAGAGAGCAUUUCUACGUCUUCAACAAGAGGUCCUCUGCAAGUCAACUGACCAAACUAUCUUUGCUUGGAACCCGACAGAAGGAACUCCACAGACCUGUGGCGUACUAGCAGGAGAUCCGAGUCAUUUCCGCGACUGCCACGAUAUUAUCCAGAUGGAAUCAAGGGAGCUCUGCUGGAGACUACCUGAACUGCGGUUUGUUGAUGUCAAGAACAGCCUCACCAGAGGGAUUUUGCCGAUGUGGACUUCCGAAAUGCAAGCCUUCCAUUCAUUCAUCACUACCAAUGUGGGAAUCCAGGUGUGGUUUCCCACUAAGCGCUAUCCUGGCUGCCCACUUGUUUUGCAAGUGGUGCUGGCAUGCAGGAGAGAAGGUAGUUUAUGGCCGAUCACUAUUAAUGUGGUCCCCUGGAGGUCCAAAUGCUACAGGUUUGUUGGCGAGGUCGGGUGGAACCCUUUACCAGGUUUUUACACGUACUCACAACUCGUUCUGACUCGCGAGCUCACGGGCGCUCCCACUGGCAUUGUCAUCGACGAGGUGGACGGCGUGGUCGCAUUACUUAGGAGGAAAUGUGCAGCUAUGGCUGGCACCAAGGUGGAUGGCCGGAAUAUACGACCUGUUGGUGUCACUGUUGCUGAAAUUCAUCACAUCACGCGCCAAGUGCCAGAAAUCUUUGUCGACAUAAUUGCCGUACUCCGUUUCCUCUGCCUCCUCCCCUGUAUAUGCAUCUUCUAUGCGAUUAUCGCGGGAUGGACUAGUUGGCCUGCGUUUGCAGUGGCCUGGCUUGCUAUCAUCCUUUUUUGGAUAUUGUCAGAAGUGUCAACAAUAAUCCCAUUUACUUGCCGUUGCACGGAAAGUGCUUCGCCUCCUGGAGAGUAUGUCAUCAGCUCAGAUGCAGAAAUUGUCUUAUUGAGGGGGGAGGAACGUGCAGUCGCUUCAAUCAUUCGUGGCGAGACAAUCCUUCCAUUGCAGUCUCUGCGGUUUUCACGCCAACUUACAUUGGCCGCGCAUGUAGCCCUUAUUUUUGGAGAGUUUUUGGCGGACCCUUCCACUGCAAUGGUUACAUUGCUGGAGCUCCAGGCUGUGGCUACGAUGAUCACGCAUCUCGUACUGUUGGUUCGAGUGUGGGUCCCACUACGUAAUUGGGCUGCAAUUCAGGCUCUCCGCCAACCGAAGCUCACGAAGUACACGUUUGGUUCUCGCGGGAGCGGGGUGGUGUUUGCACUUCUUCUCUUGCGGACUGAGAAGGCAGAGGGGGUACUGCACGAGCUCUUGCCUGUGCCAAAUUCCAAGGAGUGGAGGAAGUGGAAAACUGUCAUCCUGGAUCGUAUCAGGCGUAGGGGAGAUUUUGACUUUGACUCCUCCGAGUGGGAUGACGGCACUUGGACCGAUACGGAGAAAGAGGACCUGAUCGGACUCUUCCAAGAUGCCCGUGAUGCCUAUCGAUCAGUCUCCUAACACCCACCGGUUUGAUGACUCACAUCACGUCUAUACCGACAAGCACAACUGUCAAAUGUUAUGUGAGGUCACCUUGAUGCCUUCUAUGAGAAAAUGUCGUCCGAAGGCUAAGCAGCUUUCAAUUGCAUUGUCUUCCCGUCAUGUUUUUAUAGUCAAAUCUUGCCAUCUUUGCUGUGCUUUCCUCCCCGUGAUACACAUGCAUUGUUGUGUCGGUCCCUUGUGCUAAGUAACCACAUACAUACUAUAUGCACCACACGAGUCUAUUAGCAAUAUAGGGGCCAUGCUAGAUUGGGGUUUCGAG